UUCCGGGCAUUUCUGCGGGAGAACCCCGAUUCUCCCGCCCCGCAGCUCUUCUCCUGCGGCUUUAAGGGCUGCAAAUCCUCUGAGAUCCACGAAGAGGUGGAAACGGUGACGUGGCAUUCUCACGUGUUCGGAAGCAGAAGGCCGUGUUUUCCAGCGGAGUGGAGAUCUCGUUGACACCGUCUUCCCCACCGCCCCAGAUCCCCUAAGUGGACCAUGCUGAAAGCCGUGAUCCUAAUCGGGGGCCCCCAGAAAGGGACCCGCUUCCGGCCCUUGUCCUUCGAAGUGCCCAAACCCUUGUUCCCAGUGGCAGGGGUACCCAUGAUACAGCAUCACAUCGAGGCAUGCACCAAGGUGCCCAACAUGAAGGAGAUUCUUCUGAUUGGCUUCUAUCAACCCAAUGAGGCACUCAACCACUUCCUGGUGUCUGCCCAGCAAGAGUUCAAAAUCCCUAUCAGGUAUCUCCAGGAAUAUGCAGCACUUGGCACAGGUGGGGGUAUCUACCACUUCCGUGACCAAAUCCUUUCAGGUAACCCUGCAGCCUUCUUUGUGCUCAAUGCUGACGUCUGCUCUGAAUUCCCUCUCGAAGAGAUGCUUGCCUUCCAUCGUCAGCGGGGCAGUUCCGACAGCUUCCUCAUGCUGGGCACCACGGCCAAUAGGAAGCAGUCUCUGAACUAUGGCUGUAUUGUGGCAAAUGCUGACACACACGAGGUCUUGCAUUACGUGGAGAAACCCAGCACUUUUGUGAGCGAGCUCAUCAACUGUGGCAUCUACCUAUUUACCCCAGCCAUCUUCCAUCACAUUGGGGAAGUCUUCCAGCGUAAUCAGCAGGAGUUGCUCUUGGAUCCGUACCAUGGAGAGGAGAGCACAAAUGGUUGGCAGCGGGCUGAAGCCAUCCGACUGGAGCAAGACAUCUUUACGGCCCUUGCUGGGCAGGGACGUCUCUUUGCCUACAAAACAGAAGGGUUCUGGAGCCAGAUCAAAUCUGCUGGCUCUGCCAUCUAUGCCAAUCGUCUCUAUCUGAGCUGCUACAGCCAGUGUCAUCUGGAGAGACUUGCCCAGAACCAACCCGGUGGGCCCAGCAUCCGAGGGAAUGUCUAUAUUCAUCCAACGGCCUCGGUGGAUGCCAGUGCUGUGCUGGGUCCCAAUGUCUCCAUCGGGAAAGGAGUGACCAUUGGUGCAGGAGUGCGAGUGCGUGAAUCCAUCAUUCUGCAUGGAGCGUCUCUCCAGGACCACACCUGUGUGCUCAAUAGCAUUGUCGGCUGGGACAGCACGAUUGGACGCUGGGCUCGUGUGGAGGGUACCCCCAGUGAUCCCAAUCCAAAUGAUCCCUAUGCAAAGAUCGACAGCGAGACGCUCUUUCGAGAUGGCCGUCUGACUCCAUCCAUCACUAUUCUGGGAUGCAAUGUGACCAUUCCUGCCGAAGUGGUCAUCCUGAACUCCAUCGUGCUUCCUCACAAGGAACUCAGCCGCAGCUUCAAGAAUCAGAUCAUUCUUUAAUGAGCCACGAAUUCACCUCUGGAAAGUUCAAGAGCGUCAUAAUACUGUAAUUUGUGACCAUCAGACAUACUCUCAAGCCUCAUCCAAUCUGGGUAGGCCAAGAUCUAUGGUUUUGGUACUGUCUGCUAUGUCCUUCUGGGCUUUUUCAGGGGAUGGGAAUAUGAGCCUCUUUCUAGGAUGGAAAAGUUGAGUUGCCCCGCUCUUCCCUGACUUGACUGCCAGUAAACCUCUCCAAGGAAGAGGCCUGCCUGAACUUAACUCACUAAAGGCUGUUUAGAGAAAGAUGCGUAGCUGAGAAGACACAUCUUUGCAGGCUUCUGUGGCCCCCCCGAUGCCUUUGUUCAUCCUCCAGUUAAAUCCCAACAGUCCAAAGAGCUCCAUUCCUGCAGCUCACGUGGCAAAAAGGCCUGUAAUUUUCCCUUUCCUUCCAUGUAAUAUCCCCUUUCUCUCCCCCACUCUCUUCCCCUGGCACUGCCUUGUUAACUUGCUCACUAAGGAAAUUGCCAGACGCCCGGACCUAUACCUACCUCUGGUUGUUUGUGAGGUGGAGGAAGUGAUUUGUUUCCAUAUUCUAGUACAACAGACGGCAAAUUGAAACUUUGAAAUGAAUGAGAAAAUGUUGGUAAGAAAUCACCUAUAAUAAAACAUAUAUUGUGGAAA